AUGAGCAAGGCAUAUGAUAGAAGUUCGUGGAAGUUCGUGGAAGUAAUAAUGAGGACUACGAGUUUUACAGAGUGGUGGAUUCGCCUUAUCAUGACUUGUGUUAACACUGUUUCAUAUUCGGUUUUGGUGAAUGGAGUUCCUUAUGGCCUAAUUCAUCCUUCUAGGGAGCUGCGUCAGGGGGAUCCUUUAUCUCCAUACUUGUUCCUUUUGGUGGCUAAGGGUCUGAGUUCGUUGAUUGUAAGGGAGGAGCAAGGAGGAAAACUUACAGGUGUUCCUGUUUCUGCUGGGGUAGCCAACUUGGAGGAGUGGAGUAAUCUCCAAAAUCUCUUGAAGGUGUAUGAGAGCUCAUCGGAACAAAAGUUAAAUGCUGAGAAGACCUCAAUCUUUUUUAGCAACGAUACUGGUGAUGAUUUUAAGGCUCUUAUACGAUCCUUUGCUGGUAUUGGAGUUUCUUCUUGUUUUGAAAAGUAUUUGGGUCUCCCUGCAUUGUCGUCCUUCGUAUGCUUGGAGGAGUAUUUUCCAAGCAAGAGGGGUAGUGGAAGAUGGGGUUCUGUGGUGAGUGGGGAAUGGGGCGAAUGUACGAAUGUGGAGGAUAAGUGGCUCCCGCCUCCUUAUUCAACUCCUAUUUACUCCCCUCACCAAAGGUUGGAUGUGGAUGCUAAGGUGGGUGCUUUAAUGGAUCCGGCCACAGGGGAGUGA